CAUGCUGUUGUUAACGGACAGCUGAUAAACACAGGGUUGGUCAAAGAGCGGCCUCCACUCAGAUUUCCCCUUUUCUCGGGCAGUGCCUACUUUGUGGCCAGUAGGGAAUAUGUGGGCUAUGUGCUAGAGAAUGAAGACAUCCAGAAGUUCAUGGAGUGGGCCCAAGACACAUACAGCCCCGAUGAGUACCUCUGGGCCACCAUCCAAAGGAUCCCCGAAGUCCCUGGCUCACUCUCCUCAAACCAUAAGUAUGACUUGUCUGACAUGAAUGCUGUCGCUAGGUUUGUCAAGUGGCAGUACUUCGAAGGUGAUGUUUCCAAGGGCGCGCCCUACCCGCCCUGCAGUGGGGUGCACGUGCGCUCUGUGUGCGUUUUCGGGGUUGGCGACUUGAAAUGGAUGCUGCGUAAGCACCACUUUUUUGCCAAUAAGUUUGACACAGAUGUUGACCCCUUUGCCAUCCAGUGUUUGGAUGAGCAUCUGAGGCACAAAGCCCUGGUGACCUUAGAACACUGA